AUGAGUUCGGAGCAGACGCGACGCCUUUACGAGGGGGCGCUCACUAGCUUCGGAAAGAUUGCGGAAAAGAGUGUGAAUGAGGCCAGUAAUAAUAGCCGAAAGCCAACAUUCCAGCAGUUUCAAGGUUUCUUGGCGCGAAACGCCUUUCGCGUCACCGUUGAGACGGCCACGGCUGCCGAUGUAGGGGAGUUUAUCGUUGGGGAUUGGAUCCCCAGCCAUAUCGCCGGCUGCCGCACGAAGCUGCCGCAAACUAGGAAAAGCAUUCCGUCAAUAUCCGCAGUGACCCACGUGGUGAAAGAUUUAGCCAAGUCGUACGCUUUGCUUGGCUACGAAGGUCGGAGCAACCCUGCCAAAGCCGAAGUAGUUGAAUUAUUUCGGGUGGGCUACGAAAAGAUGCUGCACGAGCAGGGUGUGAAGGUCAAACGGGCGAAAGUGUUUACGGAGGAGAAGUUGGACGGCCUGCUGGCGCAUAUUGCGCAACUGAUCCGGGCGAGCCGCCUGGGUUUAGCGAGAUGCGUCCUGCUCACCGACCAGGCGGCCGUGCUAUACCUUUGGGAAUCCCUUGCGCGCGGAAAGGAGUGCGGACAGUUGCAGCGACAACAAGUCAAACUGGGGGAGCAGGCAGCCUACUCGGGUUGGAGCAAAACCGUCCGGCAGGAAUCGAGCGCGCGUAUUCGGCUCGCGGCGCCGAUUCCGGAGGGGCGCCUGGCGUUUGUGGAAUCCGCCGUCCAGCUGCUGCACGGGAUGGAAGAAGGGAGCUUUCCCGUUGGCGAGGAUGGGUUCCUCUUUCGCGCCAUCAAUCGGAGUCGCACCGGCUUCGUCAACGAGCCGAUGAGCAGCGAUACGCUGAGGAAGCGGUUACAAAAAGACGCUGGUUUAUUUGAGGGGGUGAUCGUGCAUAGCUUCAAGCGUUCGGCCGUCAAGCAUGCGGCUGUAAAUCUGAAUUACAACGUGACGGAGUUAAUGGAUUUAGGACUCAAUCUUUAA